AUGGCUUCUUCUUCUGAGCUCAUAGUGAGUCGCGUACAGCCGUGCUCGAAGCUCGGUUUUUCGAUGCCGAUCCCUUCUAUGGCAGGCUGGUAUGUGCAGGUCACGGAUGACUCUGGUAAUCUUCUCUACGCGCUCUCAACUCCUUCAUUUCCCAAACCCGCUCUGACAGCAAAGGGCCUAAUUCACGCGCUCCUAUCCACGUGCUGUUCGCACCUGGGAUGCCGGCCAACAUUGCUGCACGCGUGUCCCGAUAACGGUGAAAGUCACGACAGGUCAACUCGACCAGAGGCUAUGUUUGGAUCGUGCAGAGUGAUUUUAUCCGCAGAAGAAAUGAGCGAACCUCGCGAGGCAACGUAUAGUGAGCUCGAUAGACGCAAGAUGCGUGUGGACUCGGUUGAAAGAUACGAAACAACUGAAAGACGAGAGAGAACCAACUGUUUGACAACAGGACUCACCAGGAACCGCAGCAGUGAUGGAAUGCUCGCUGAAACAGGGCGGAGAGUUUACGUAUUUUUUCUGUGUCAAGUUCCGCACGAUGAAUCCGUGGAUAAUAUAGAUGCUGUGAAAGCCUUGGUAAACCGGUCUUUGUCGGUGAUCGAAUCUGAAGUACGCAUCCUGCUACAGGGUGUCGGUAUCAAUUUCCAAGGACACAAGGCGUUUCAGGAUCGGCUGAGGCUCUUGCGAACGGCGCUCAAGCCGCUUACUCAACGCUUGGCUUUCCUCCUUGGUUCGCUCAAACCCUCGGGCUUGGACUGUAAUUCUCAUCAGACGUAA